AUGUCUAUUUCGAAAAUACGAGUAAAAUCGGCCGUAAUAAAACAUAAUGACAAGACUAUUAAAGAAACUGCAACAAAAACCACAACACUACCACUUAAGGGAACAAAAAAUUCAACAACAACAACAACUACCACAGCUUCAACAUCAGCAACACCAUAUGAAACAUCAUCUUUAUCAUCGUCCUUUAUGAGAGGAUCACCCAAACAGAAUGACCAAAAUAAAGCCAAAAUAUUACCAUUGUCAUCAUCAGCAAAUACAACAAAUAAGCAAGGAAAAGCUUUAAAUACUACAACAGCAGCAAUAGCAACGACAUCCUUAAUACACUCAGCAGCAGUACCAUCAUCUUCAUCUACAGCAAUAACAUCAACGACAACACCAACAACAAUAUUACCUCAAACAAAUUUGCUGAAAAUAGAACCAUUUGUUCCUAGUCUUACAAAUCGACCACAAAAAACUAUACGACGUUCUUAUAGUACUUUAUCGAAUACAACUUUAAAAAAACACAACAUCCAACAUGUAAAUAAAAACUUAGUUAAUCAACUAGAAAUACAAAAACAUGCAAAAACAUUAGCUGGAGCAAGAGUUGCAGGCAAUAUUAAGGGAAUGAAUAGUGUAAUUAACGGUUUGCCUAAAGUAUUAAGACAACCAACAACUACAAUAAGCACAACAACGUUGCGUAGACGACCGGCCUUAAGAGGUCCAAUAAAUAGACAACGUUCCAAAUCGACCUCAUCAUCAAACUCCAACUCAAAUCGUCCCAUAACAGCGGGUGUUGCUGUAAGUGCCACGCCUUUAGGAGGCACACCAUGUGCCUCGCCAUACUCUGCCAUUGUAGUACAGCAGUCAAAUGGCAUCUGUCGCAUACAACGCAAUAUCAAGGAACUAGAAAAACUACCAGAUCGUAUAAAUUACGAUAAACGUGGUCUGACCGCGAUACCCAUAUUUGAAAAUGAAACAAAUCUUAGAUUGUUAUCCCUGCAGCAUAAUCUCAUAAAUACAUUUCACAUACCCAAAGAACAAGAUGAAGUGAAUGCAGAACUAAAUAUUUUAGGAAACCAAACUCAUCAACAUCAUCAACAUUUUUACAAUAACAAACAAAGAUUACCUUUAGCUGUGGCCAAACCAAAUGUAGAACAAUUGCAACCACAAGUACCUGGCCAGUUGAUGUUGCCUUUGAAUGCACCACCACCCCUUACAAACCCCAUGACUUUUGGUAGUUACAUAUUGCAACGCAACAAACUGCUGCACAGAUCUAUUAAUAUGAACAAUUGCCAAGUGAAUAACCACAAAAGCAACUUGCAACAUCCGGCUCAAUUACGUUUUGGUAUGCGUAAAUCGAAAAGUUUUGUUAGUAAUUUAAAUUUGCAGUUAAAUUUAACUAAACGUUCCAUGCAAAAUCAAAAGACCGCUUUCUUGAAGAGGACAGACGCUUUGGGAAAUUUAAAAAGUUUUGAUUCUUCCACCAGCAACAUAACAACAGAUUCUACACAAUCUACUUUACUAACAACUGAAGUUGACGAAUCUCUAGUGGAAGAUGACGAAGAGGAAGACAGGCGUUCUAACACAUAUUCCCCUUUGGCAAUUAAGAAUAAACAAUUGAUUAUUAGUUAUGGCAAUAUCUUCCAAAAUUUGGUAUUUUUGGAUUUGUAUGACAAUCAAAUAGAACGUGUUUCAAAUCUGGACGGUUUGCCUGCCUUAACAGUACUUCUGCUGGGCAAAAAUCGCAUAUCUGACAUUACUGGCCUGGCGUCUUUAAAAUCAACUUUACGUGUUUUAGAUCUGCAUGGUAAUAAAUUAUGUUCCAUUUCGAACAAAAUCAAUUGUCUUAAGGAGUUAAAAUCACUUAAUUUGGCUGGCAAUCAAAUAAGACAAAUAAAUCACAAUGACUUUAUGGGCCUGCACAAUCUCAAGGAAUUGAAUUUGAAACGCAAUAAACUAAAACGUAUCAAUGGCUUUCAACAUCUUUUGGCAUUAGAGCGCUUAUGGUUGUGUCACAACGAUUUGCACAAGGUAGAUGAUAUGGCAUCAAUAGCGAAGGCACAAAACUUAGUUGAAAUAACCAUAGAAAAUAAUCCCCUAACACUGGCUGGUGAUUGUGUUUCGUUUCUAGUCAGUUACUUACCCAAAUUGCAAACACUUAGUCAAAUGCCCAUAACCGAACAGGUGAGAAAAGCUGCUAUGACUUGGCGUGCUAAUAAGGAAUUAUCGGAUGCUAAUAGCAACCUAAGUAACAGGGAGGUAUUCAAUAUUAUACGUAGAGAAGAAAUUAUAUCGAAUGCACGUACCAAUUGGGAACUCUUAAGGUCACAGCAAAUGGUGCAGAACUCUUUAAAGCAACAGAAGGCCAUAAAUAAACCGAAUACGGAAUUGGAAAAAAUUACGGAAACCAAUGAAAAUAAUUAUGAAGAAUUUAUUAAAUUGCCACCCAUUGAAAGUCAACAAAUUACCGAAGGGCCUACAAAUAAGGAGGAGACUGAGGAACGUUCAUCUUCCGCUUCUAGUUUGGGAGCAAAUGUAAAUUCUUCAUCCAGCUGUUAUAGUUCACAAGAUGAGUUGGAUGCCACUGGGGUUACAAGUAAAGCGGAGAAACCAUCAAAUCACAUUGAUAAACCACCAUCGUCGUCGUCAUCGAUGAAAUCCAAACAAAUAGAAAAUAUUAUAAAUCAUACAUCGUCAACUGACAAUAAUCAUCAGCAUCAACAUCAUUCAUCGUCUAAGUGCAACAGCGCAACCACUACAGAAACAAGCAACACCCCAACUAUAGCGUUAGCUAGCAACUGUGCACCCACAUUAAAUUUACAAUUUCCUAUGGAAACUAACAAAGUGUCAGCUAACCAACAAAAUCAAGCAGUCACAUCAACGGUAACAUCCGUAUCAUCUUCAAUAUCCUCCAUACAAACAGCAGCAACAAAUGCAAUGGUAUCAUCUUCUAUGGCAGUUGUUUCUCCAGCAUCAGCAACAUUUACUAAACGCUAUAUGACGGGUAGUUUAAUGAGAUCUCAAACAAUUGUGGCUAGCAGCAACAACAACUACACAAAUAAUAGCUUAAUGGCAUCAUCUAUGAAUAGCAACAAUACAAGCUUAACAUCGAAUACCAAUAAGACUUCGGUUACAGGAGCCUCUAAUAGUAUUACAGGUAUUGCAGCGCACACAACAACAUCAGCAACAAACACAACAGCUGGUCCCUGUGGUGCCACUUCAACUAAAUUAACAGCUAUUGAAAGGGAACGCGAGCAGGGUGGCGACUAUUUGAUCGAAAUUUGUGGUCGUUAUUUAAACAUUUAUGGUCAGGGUGCUUUACGUUUCAUUGACAAACAAUGGAAUCCCACAAAAGCUAAUGAUGUUCAUACCUUAAAUUUCAGCUACAUAAAUUUCAAUAAUAUUGCCUCCAUACUGGGACGCAUUAAGGUCAGAUUUGCACAUGCUGAGAAUUUCGUAUUCCGUGAAACGAACAUUAACUGUUUGGGCCAACUUAAUGCUUUGGCGGAACUACAGGGCAUUAGUUCUCUUAACAUCGAUGAAGAGGGAAAUCCUAUUACCAACAAGGACUUGUGGCGCCAAUAUGCCAUAUAUCGUUUAUCGCAUUGGGGUCUUAAGAGCCUAAAUGGUAUUGAGGUUACAGUACAGGAAAUUGAAAAGGCAAAUGCCAUCUAUGCCGGUCUUUCCGAUCUCAUACUCUGGUCUAUGCCAGACGCUAUGCUACAGCCUUUACUAACCCGCUUACGUCUAGAUGAAUCUUGUACGGCUAGCAAAUUGUUACCCAAACAAUGGCUGCGUAAACCUGAUAAUAAAUCUUUACGUUUAGUUGUGGGUAAAGAAGCUUUACAGUGGAAAAAAUCUAAUAAUCCCGAAUCAUCCUCAUCAUCAUCCGCCGCUGCAAUGACAUCUCCAAAUGUUGCUCUAACAACACGUGAACGUGGUAAAAUACUUACCUUAAUGAUGGAAAAUACAUGUAAUGCGGUUGAGAAGCUACAUAAAUUGGAACAAAUAUGGCCCACCAUGCUGUUGAACAUUGUACGCAAUACCUUAUUAGACUAUUCACAAUUAGAUGUCUACAUACGUAAUUUAAUGGCGGAAAUAAUGAAGUAA